UGUCGGUGAAAGUCGUUCUCUCGGGAGUGGAUUAACCUCAAAGGAAGUGCAAAUAGCGAAGGUCGCCGUGCCGUCGUCGUUGACGUCGUCUUCUUAGCGGAUGGUGACAUUCGAGAGUGCGCGGGUGGAUUUUCCGCUAUGUGUUUUUUUUUUCAAAUGUGCUUCAAUCGUAUAUGACGGUUAAAAGUGCGGUUGAUAUAAGAUUGGUUACAAUCUUACAGAAAUAAACAAAUUCGGAUAAGCCGGAAGUGGAAAAGGUGGCAGAGAUACGAAACAAACAACCGACAAGUGUUUUCGUUUAGAACGAACACCCCACCAUAUCGGCGAGAGGGAGAGCCGAACCAUCCUAAACCAUCUCACCGCACGGGCACAGCAUCCAGUGUGGAAGCAGCAGCCAGUAUUUCAGCGGCGCGUGUGUGUGAAAAGUGAAAAGUGGAUACUCCGUCGUCCUUUUUGCGAAAAACGUCGGAGGCGAAAAUUUUCUUUUUGUGGACCUCAAACUCCGGAAAACUGGCCACGCCGUGGUAGAAACACUCCGUCGGUACCGGUACGAUCGGUCGGAAUCAUCGUGGAUUACGGGCGCUGGCCCACGCACGGUGCAAUUUUUUGCGUUUCUAAUCGGAUGGUCGUCGGCCCAGAGUGAGUUUUCCCUGCCGCUGCCCAUUUUGUGAAGAGAAGAAAAACUCGGGGCGUCGACUUACGGUGGAGUCAAAUAACUUCUGUGGCCUUCCUGUGAGGGUUUUAGGCAGGAAUUGUCUUGCUAAUAGCAUCAGAUUGAUAAAUGAAGAUUUGAAAAUGCGGAUUUCAGUGUAAACUGUGCAACGAUUUAAAAAAUAGGUGCUUGAAAAUCGGAAAAAAUGGAAGCAGUGUUGGAAAAAGGAUAACCAGGGUUCAAACGCUUCGUCUUUGGGGGAGUCUAAAAAGUGUAAAAUAACCCGUGGGGUGGAAAAUGCUGCAAGAAGAGAUUCGAAAAAUGGUGUUACGCAUUAGAUUAUUUGAAAAUCAAGAGAUGGAUGACUAUAUGUCCUCCCAAUUGACGACGAGUGAUGGCGUCAAGGAAAAGAAGAAGUAUGGUAUCAAUAUUUAAGAUGAGACCACCUCAGUGAGGUCGCCAAUGGAUAAGUGAAAAGUAUUUUGUUCAAGUUACGUUUCGUUCAGAAUAGUUGCGAAAUAAAACAGAAAUGAUUGUAAAUUAUGUAAAGUUACUCCAAAAUGGCCAGAUGGACAGGUACUAUGGCUACCAUGGAGAAUGCGGAAGCGAGUGAAAAUUGCAGCUGAAUUUUUACUCUACGACACAUUUAGAGUAACGGGAGUAGCAGAAGCAGCAGAAGUCGUCGAAGCAAAAACGCAACCCCGAAAAAGGAAGAGGCGGUGGGCUGGGGCGUACAAGGAUUUUCCUGUAAGUCUCUCCGAAAUUCGAAUCUACCGACAGCACUCCAGACAGAGGCUGUCUCUCCUCGAAUCUUCCAAAAUCAAAGAAUCUGUACGAUCUCCUCGCGUAUUCUGCUCUCGCGUCUUCAACCGUGCCUCCUACUGUUCGAACACAAAUGAAACCACAAACUUAUACACUCGCACUUUCGUUGAAGAACAGUGACAAGUGAGAUAGCAACUAGAGAUAUUAUAUCGCAUUAAUCUAAAAAAAGAAACAAGUUAUCAACACGUAGAAGAAAAAUGCCAAAACCUACGACUUUCGCCUCGGGCCUUAACAGGCGCCGAACGAUGAAAAUAAUUCCGUUGGUCCUCCUCUGCAUGUUCAAUCGUCCCGUAUUGGGCCAACGCCCGCUAGGUAAUGCCACAUUUGGUGCAGCUCACAACUCGACAGGUGUAAUCAACGUCCUUCAACCGUCGACAACGUCUACGACCAACGAGCCACCUUCUGAGCACUACGAACAUCCCGACCAUCGGACUGCCUCCAGCAAUCAAAUUGCUCACGAGGAAGAAGACGCCGCUCCCUAUCCCAGUAUCAAUGACAUUACGUCUGAGAAUGGGAAUCGGGGUGCCAGUCCCAGUCUGAUCCAACAGGCGCGGAACAACAAAUACAUUCCGACGCCGACUACGGCCCAUCGCGCUCAUGGCGGUGGAGCGGAUGAUGCACACCACGACCGGAAGAUGCCAUUCAAUCCGAGGCGAUUUAAGGCCUCCAGCAUAGCAGAGCUGCGGAGGUUAAAUAAUGAGCAGAAAUCGCAAGAACCGGCAGAGCUGCCCGAUCGAAACGGUUCUGCGACAUCGUCCAGAGGCAACGAUGGUGGCCAGUCGCGACAAAAUCUGCUGGAUAUGCACUACGGGAACUCAGUGUCAUCGCCCGGGUACCGGAGGCCUUACGAGCAUUUCAAAACGCCGAGGGACGAUCCUUUGCGGGCGAUUUACGAGCGGAUUAAUGUGCACUACCCGCACCAACAACCGACUGCCCUCGAGAUAGACAACAUGCUCGGAGUGAUGUGCAACUUUGAAACCGAAUGCGCCUGGAAAGCGGACGAAGCCAAUCCCAACAGCUUCCAGGUGGUAACCGGGGCAAAUCUGACGGCAUCCAACCGAACCGGCAUGAUGCCGGGCCCCAGCUCCGACAUACUCGGUGACGCCAAUGGCCACUUUCUGCAUCUGCGGCUAACGGGCAACAGCACCCAACACAUUCUGACCUCGCCGAUGUUUGGCGCAACUCGGGAGCACUGCUAUCUGGAGAUGAUGACCCACCAGAGCGCGAUGGGACACGGUACGUUGCGCAUUGUGAUCGAAACCAGUGGGAACCAGGAUCCAUCCUGGGUGCCGGCUGAGAUCAUGGGCAACGAUUUGCGCAAAUGGCAGCGGAUCACGUUCCGAAUCGAUCGGAUAUCGAAGGACUUUCAGAUUCUGUUCGAGGUUGUGCCGAAUCGAAUAGGCGGGCGAGCGAGAGGACACGUCAGUAUAGACAACUUGAAGUUGGUGAACUGCUUCCCGGAUGCGUUGAGCACGAAGAAUUGCAGCGAGUCCCAAGUGCAGUGUACUUCUCGUAAGUUACCGGUCUGCAUCAAGACUCCAAAGAUUUGUGACAUCACCGUUGACUGCGAUGAAGAGGAAGACGAAACGCUCAAUUGCGACAAAAUCCCCUUCGGAGGACGCUGCGACUUCGAAAGUAAUUGGUGCGGUUGGCAGAACUAUGGCAACGCCAUCUUGUCCUGGGCACGCCACUCCGGACCUACGCCAACCGAGAAGACCGGACCGGAUUUCGACCACACAUAUUGGCAAAGCAAUACCACCGGUUACUACAUGUUCGUCAAUAUGAACCAGCACGCCAACGACAGUGAGAAGAAAACACUGGUCGGAUUGGCCAGCAACGCUAUCAUGAACAGUGUCAUCUUUAACCCUCCACCUCUGGUGCACACGAAUGCUUCCUCGCCAUUUCGAAACUCCUGUGUGGUCCGCUUCUACGUCCAUCAGUUCGGAAUGAAUCCGGGGAGUAUCAACCUGUCGAGUGUGGAAAUCAAAGAGAAAGAGAAUGUGACUACAACUCUCUGGUGGAGCUCCAAGAAUCUCGGAGAUGACUGGCAACGAGUUGAUAUCAUUCUACCGAACAUUACUACAAAGUAUUAUCUACAAUUCGAGGCACGCAUGGGUAUGAGGAUCUACUCGGAUGUUGCCAUCGAUGACUUCUCGCUGAGUCCGGAGUGCUUCGGGCUUAACAUUCCGGCCGAUGACCUGGAAGGGUACAACUACUGGGAUCCCCGUAUUGGGGGGAUUAAACAACCGCACAAAGACUUUGUCGGGAAGUCAUAUAUCGAGCUCAAUACAUGUGGCGCUACAGGGCAGCAAGGGCCGACUUCAUCCGAUUGUUUGGCGUCGUACAACAACACCGAAGCGUUGAACGCUAUCCACGUGAUCGAUAGUCUACCAUUCAAGGGAAUCCAGGCGUGGAAGGUUCCAAACGAGGGCUAUUACACAAUCAUCGCCAAGGGUGCAGGUGGUGGUCUCGGGUCCGGUGGAGUUGGAUCUUCUCGGGGAGCGAUGGUGUUGAGCGUGCUGGAGCUACACAAGGAUGAGGAGAUCUACAUUCUGGUGGGACAAAGCGGAGAGCACGCUUGCAUUAAGUCGAUGGGACUGCGGGAUGAAACUUGCGAGCCCAAGAACAAACAAUACGCGAAUGAUCUUUUCUUCUCUAAGACGCAUCAGGUGAAGAAUACAGUUAUCGAAGAUGGUGCUGGAGGCGGUGGUGGAGGGACCUACGUAUUUUUGCUCAACUCAGCCAACACUGCUGUUCCAUUAUUGGUAGCCGGCGGGGGUGGCGGUCUUGGUGUAGGUCGGUAUCUCGACGAAGACAUACAGCAUGGUAAGAAGUUUAUCCUGGGAAAGAAAGACGUUUCUGGGAUGGCUCAUUCUGAGGCAGCAAGGCAUGCAGGCCCAGGAGGAGGUUGGCGAGCCCAGGCCGAUAUGGCACUGGAUCCAAACUAUGGAGCAUCUCUGCUGGAAGGAGGCCGCGGAGGUGUUCCCUGCUAUCAACCACGGGGAACUCAUGGUCAGGGUGGCUUCGGUGGAGGUGGUGGUGGUUGCGAUACGGGUGGUGGAGGCGGAGGCUAUUCCGGUGGAGAUACGAUGAUCAAUUCGACUAAUGGACAGGGCGGUAGCUCGUUCCUGGCGUCGAAGAGAAACGUCCCGGAGUUGUCUAUGGAGCAUUCUGGAACCAAUAGUGGUCACGGAGCGGUGUUAAUUAUACCGGCGAUUCAAGGCUGUGGUUGCGAUUAUCGAUGUGUGGCGCUCGACGAGUACCGAUCUACUGUGGGAUGUAUCUGCCCAGAUGGGUGGACGCUCAAACCUGAUAACUAUACUGCUUGUGAAUUACAAACUGAAACCUUAGAAAUGAAGUACCUAAUCAUAUUCUUUGUAAUCGUUGUGAUAGUUUUAUGUGCAGCACUGGCUAGUCUAAUACUCAUCUUAUAUAAUCGCUAUCAACGUAAACGUCAAGCUGCUCUCCGGCACAAAAUGUUGCUCGAGCAGGAUCUACAGUUAAGUCGACUACGCACCACCGCGGAUGACACAGGUUUGACAAACUUCAAUCCUAACUACGGUUGUGAUGGUAUUCUGAACGGGAACGUCGAUGUCAAGAGUUUGCCACAAGUGGCACGCGAAAGUUUGCGACUUGUCAAGGCUCUCGGACAGGGAGCAUUCGGAGAGGUUUACCAAGGUUUAUACCGACACCGUGAUGGAGAUGCUGUAGAAAUGCCCGUGGCGGUGAAAACUUUGCCAGAAAUGUCAACCGGACAAGCCGAGUCAGAUUUCCUCAUGGAGGCUGCCAUCAUGGCCAAGUUUAACCAUCCGAACAUUGUGCACCUGAUAGGUGUCUGCUUCGAUCGCCACCCACGAUUUAUCGUUCUUGAACUACUCGCUGGUGGGGAUCUUAAGAACUUCCUUCGGGAAGGCCGCAACAAACCUGAACGUCCAUCUCCUCUCACCAUGAAGGAUCUUAUCUUCUGCGCCCUGGAUGUGGCCAAGGGUUGUCGCUACAUGGAGAGUAAACGCUUCAUCCAUCGUGAUAUUGCCGCACGGAAUUGUUUACUUAGUAGUAAGGGCCCCGGUCGAGUCGUCAAGAUUGCUGAUUUUGGAAUGGCUCGCGACAUCUACCGAUCUGACUACUACCGGAAAGGCGGCAAAGCGAUGCUGCCCAUCAAGUGGAUGCCUCCGGAAGCCUUCCUGGAUGGUAUCUUCACCUCUAAGACUGAUGUAUGGUCGUUCGGCGUGCUUUUGUGGGAGGUAUUCAGCUUGGGGCUGAUGCCCUACACCGGACUUCCAAAUCGCGAUGUAAUGCAACUAGUCACUGGGGGAGGUCGUCUCGAUGCUCCUCCUGGCUGCCCCAAUGCCAUCUAUCGCAUCAUGGCAGACUGCUGGAAUCCUACACCGGAGGAACGGCCCACGUUCUCCUACCUACUGGAACAGUUGACGACCUGUACUCAGGAUCCGGAAGUGAUGAACGCUCCUUUGCCAAGCUUUUUCAGGCAACCUUCUAAUGAAAGGGACACGACUAUUAUGCGACCACCCGGAAACGACGACUUCUGUCUGCAAGUUCCCAAUUCGUCUGAUUAUCUCAUACCGCUCCCCGGUCCUAGGAGUGUAGCUGAACGACUGCUCAGCGAAGCCACUGGUGUAACCAUUCCGGACACCAUGGUCACCUGCACUGCACCGAAAACAGCCUCUCCGAGAAUAAUGAACGGUUAUCAGUCUCAGCCGCAGGAGGGAAAAUGCUGGGAGACCUCCUUCAUCCGGGAACAUCCAACCGUCGUUACUUCGGUAGCCACCAUGCCAACUCAAGAGCCUACCAUGCUGGUCACCGAGAAUGGUCCCUUGGAAGUUCCCUGUCCAAUGGUCGACAAGCUCAUCUCCCUCGACACGCCACAGCAAACGCCAACCAGUAUACAGCCGCCCAUCUCCUUCAGCAACCCGAUGACCAAUUCCAUCGGGACCGGUGGUCCACUGAACGGCAUGGUUGCGCACUGCAACGGUCUGAACGGCAACGGAGUUAUGCCGCCGCCUCCCGUCAUGGAUCCCAUCGAAACGGCCAAGUUGCUCAACAGCAUACCGGCACCGAUUACGUUGGAUCCGUCGACGUUGAACAAACAGCAAACCGGAGGCGUGGGAGGAACCUCGUACGCCAACAUCCGGAUGAUCAACGCCAGUGCGCUGAACAACGGUGACAUUGGGGAAAAAAUUAUCGGUGGACGGGGUAAUGGGGGCGGGGGCGGUGGUGUUGGGGUCAAUAGUGGGGGAAGCCACCACCACAGUAACAGCAGUGGGAGCGAUAAAAGCGACAACAGACCGACGGCGUUCACCAUUCAGACGUUCAGUGAUCGGUACAUAAACAAUGAGAACCACUCGGAGAUCAGCUGUUAGAUGGCUCGGGCUGAAG